AUGUACUCAUCCGAAACUGAAGGCAUUAGCCAGGAUAACAUUUCAGCAGAGCUACACGCUCUAAAUUUGAUAAAUGUGCCCCCAUUCAGCCGAUUAAAUCCUCGCAUUUGGUUUGCGCAAGUAGAAGUACAAUUUCAGCGUCGCAACAUACGCUCACAGGCAUCUAAAUACUCUUUUGUGCUUGGAUUACUACCCACUGAAGUUGCAUCUGAGGUGUCAGAUUUGAUAGAUAAUAUUCCUGCACCUAAUCCAUAUGAUCAAUUGAAGCAGGCAAUUAUUCAACGUACCUCAUUAUCUGAUGAAAAGAGAUUACAGCAAUUACUGCACGAUUGUGAGCUAGGCGACAAAUCACCGUCUCAAUUAUUACGACACAUGAGACAAUUAGCUGGCCCUUAUAAAUUUGAUGACGCCUUCCUCAAGGAGAUUUGGCUACAACGUUUGCCAACAGUAGUUAGGCAAAUUCUUUGCGCCUCUAGCCAACCAUCAGAUUUAGAGAGUCUUUCUAACAUGGCCGAUAAAAUUUUAGAAGUUACACCCUGUACUACACCUUACGUACAGACAAUAUUAGAAACUUCGAACGAUAAGCAAACUCCCACCAUGGCAUCGUUAACUGCUGAGCUAGGCGAACUGCGAGCACAUCAUGAACGAACUGUCGCUAGUCUUGAAAAUAAACUGGAUGCACUACAAUUAUUAAUCUCCAAUUUCACAUCUACAAGACCUCGUUCUUGUUCUCGAGGGAGUAAGAAUCGAGAUAACUCAAAAGGAAACAAAAACGACGACAACAUAUGUUGGUACCAUAAAAAAUAUGGUGACAGAGCCAGGAAAUGUGUUACGUCUUGUAAAUUUUUCAAGUCAUUUUCCUCACCAAAACGUGUCAACCAAACCAUGGUAGCGACAAAUGUUUCUGGUCGUGCGCCUACUCGUCUUUUCCACGUUCUUGAUAAAACUUCAGGCUACAAAUUCUUAGUAGAUACUGGAGCUGAAGUUAGUGUCAUCCCAGUUACCUUAGCCAAUAAACCUAUUGCUAAGAGUGGAAAAUAUACCCUAAGAGCAGCUAAUAAAACCGAAAUAAAGACAUUUGGUGAACAAUUUCUAACAUUAGACUUGGGAAUUAGACGUAAUUUAACCUGGGUAUUCAUUAUUGCGGAUGUCCGUCACCCUAUACUAGGUGCAGAUUUUCUAAGUUUCUACAACCUACUAGUUGACGUUAAGAGAAGAAAACUUAUUGAUUCCUGCACGAACCUUCAAAUCCAGGGAAUUCAGUCGGACUACCACAUACAUAGUAUUAAAAUUGACACCCCAGGAAACGACAUAUUCGCCACCAUUCUAUCUAAAUUUCCCAAAAUAACGAAACCAGACUACAGUGAAAACACUGUCCAACAUUCUGUAGUACACCGGAUCAUCACAAAAGGUCAACCAACUUCGGCACGUCCACGCCGAUUACCACCGGACAAACUGAAUGUUGCAAAAGCUGAGUUUGAUCAUAUGAUGCAGCUAGGUAUAAUACGUCCGUCAAGUAGCCCCUGGGCAUCCCCACUCCACAUGGUGCCCAAGCGAGACCAAGAUUGGCGACCUUGUGGUGAUUAUAGAUCAUUGAACAACCUAACAUUACCAGAUCGUUACCCAAUCCCUCAUUUACAUGAUUUUUCUCUCACUUUACAUGGCAAGCAAAUUUUUUCUAAAAUCGAUCUUGUGCGAGCGUACCACCAGAUACCAGUAGCAUCCGAGGACAUUGCAAAAACAGCCAUCAUUACUCCAUUUGGUUUGUUUGAAUUUCUAAGAAUGCCUUUUGGAUUAAAGAACGCCGCACAAACAUUUCAACGAUUUAUGGAUGAGGUCACUAAAGGCCUAGAUUUUGUUUUCGUGUAUAUUGAUGAUGUCUUAAUAGCUAGCAGUUCGCUCCAUGAACACGCUGAUCACCUACAUCAAUUAUUCGAAAGAUUUCAGAAAUAUGGCAUAGUGAUUAACCCAUCCAAAUGUAUUUUCGGAGUUGAGAGCUUAGAGUUUUUAGGUCACUUGAUCGACAAACGUGGAAUUAAACCUUUGGAUACAAAAAUAGAAGCCAUCAAGAAUUUUCCAGAACCAGACUCAUGGAAUAAACUUCGACGUUUCUUGGGGAUGAUAAAUUUUUAUCGUCGCUUUAUUCCACAUUGCUCAGCCAUCCUACAACCUUUGACAGAGGUGUUAAAAGGUAAAGUCAAAAAGUUCACAUUACCCUCCCAAGCGAAAGAUGCCUUUUCUGCAGCUAAAACAGCAAUCGCUUCUACUACCAUGCUGACCUACUUAAGCCCUGAUCCGGAAGCAACACUAAUUCUGUGUACAGAUGCAUCACAGGCAGCAGUAGGUGCAGUACUACAACAGCGAGUUAAUAAUGAGGUCAAACCACUUGCCUUCUUUUCAAAGAAGCUAGAACCAACCCAAACUCGAUAUAGCACUUUCGGUAGAGAACUAUUGGCUAUUUAUCUAGCUGUUAAACAUUUUAACCAUUUACUGCAAGGCAGAGACUUUGUGAUACUCACUGAUCACAAACCUUUAACCUAUGCCUUUAACGCGAAAAGUGACCGUUAUUCCCCUAGAGAAAUGCGACAAUUGGAUUAUAUUUCCCAAUUUUCGACCAACAUACAGUUUAUAAAAGGUGAGUCAAAUGUUGUUGCGGAUACUUUGUCACGUUUCAACGUCGAUGCAAUUUCCUUCACCAAAGGAAUCGAUUUAUUAGACAUGGCACGUUUGCAGACAGAUGAUCCUGACCUUGAUGCUUGUAAACAAAGUUCGAGCUUGUCCUUAAAAAGUGUUCCUAUACCGCAUUCUGACUCUACUAUCAUUUGUGAUACUUCUACUGGAACGCACAGACCUUUUGUGCCAAUAGUGUACAGAAAAGAGUUUUUGAUUGUCUUCACUCACUAUCCCAUCCAGGGAUUCGUGCUACUGUGA